UUACUGGUGCAGCCCUAAUGCUUUCUGCUACAGGCUUCAUUUCCUGUAAACAAAACAGCUAGGAUAAUGCUUUGAAAAUACCUCUAACAAGCCUAUUCACCUCUACAAAGUCAAGAAAACUGUACCCACCUGCAGAUUUCCUAAUCUAUCUUAACUGGUUCCAAUUGCAUUCCUUCAGAGUAUUGACUAGCCAUACAUACUACAUUAUUGGCAAUCCCACAAGGACACAACCUUCCCAACUGGCAAGAAGAAAGUUUUACCUUUUAAGUAUCAGUCAUCACUUCCAGAAGAAUCUUAAAUUCUCUGUGAAUUGACACUCUGCCUGGCCUUUCUGCCUUAGUUUGGGUGGUUGUCACAUCUCUAGCUUUAGACUUCUUCAUGUUUUGUUGGAUGCCAAAACUUCACCCAACUGAAGGCCUUCUCAGAUCACUCCCGGGAAUCUAAAGUAUGCAAGGUUCCUUAAAUGGAGUCAACUGCAGCCACCUUAGCAUACAGUAUGGCAAUGUCUGGAAAAUUUUACUUCACGCAUGCAAUAGUAUUGUCUUCUAUGCUGAUGAAGGUCCUGGAGAAAUACCCUAAUACACCUAUGAGCCAUAAAGAGAUUCUUCAAGUUAUUCAGAAAGAAGGACUGAAAGAAAUCAGUGGGACUUCUCCUCUUGCAUGCCUGAAUGCUAUGCUCCAUACCAACUCCCGAGGGGAAGAGGGCAUUUUCUAUAAGGUCCCUGGCCGAAUGGGAGUGUACACCCUGAAGAAGGACGUCCCAGACGGAUUAAAGGAACUGUCCGAUGGCUCAGAAGAGAGCAGCGAUGCACAGUCAGACUCCCAAAGCUCAGAGAACAGCAGCAGCGGCAGCAGCAGCAGUGAUGGUGGCAACAACAAAGAUGGGAAGAAGAGCAGGUGGAAGAGAAAAGUAUCAUCUAGACUGUCACAGGCGUCUGCCUCCCAGUCGGGCUGCCCAUCUCCUUCCAUCCAAGCGGGUAAAGUCAUCUCACCAUCCCAGAAACACAGCAAGAAGGCACUCAAACAGGCUCUGAAGCAACAGCAACAGAAGCAACAGCAAUGCAGAGCAGGCAUGCCCGUGUCCUCUAAGCAACACAUCCUGCUGAAGGCUGUGAAGGCAGCCGGUGACUCCACACCUGCUAAAUCAGGUUGGGAAGGGAAGCAGGCGGACAGGCAGUCGAGCAGCCCUCAGAACUCCACGUCCAGCUCCUCUCCCUCUGUUAAGGCUGAUAACUCCCUGCCAUCCUUGGGGAAGAAACCGUUCCAGAGAUCCGACCGGCUCCAUCCAAGGCAGCUGAAGAGGACAAAAUGUGCUGAAAUCGAUGUGGAAACACCAGACUCCAUCUUGGUGAACACGAAUCUGCGGGCACUGAUCAACAAGCACACGUUCUCCGUCUUGCCGACAGACUGUCAGCAGCGCCUGCUGCUCCUGCUCCCAGAGGUGGACAGACAGGUUGGGGCAGACGGUUUAAUGAAGCUGAGCGGCUCUGCACUCAACAAUGAGUUCUUCACUUCGGCUGCCCAAGGCUGGAAGGAGCGACUGUCAGAAGGUGAGUUUACCCCGGAAAUGCAGCUGAGAAUACGGCAGGAGAUUGAGAAAGAGAAGAAGGUGGAGCUGUGGAAGGAACGAUUCUUUGAGAGUUACUAUGGUCAAAGUUCUGGACUGAGUCCUGAAGAGUCCAAGAGACUGACGGCACACGCCGGCACUGCUGACGCGCGAGACAGGAAUCCCCCGGCUGAGCAGCCCAAAUGCGUGGCGGUCCCCGAGGCCCCUCCCAAGGAGGAGAUGACUCCUCCAGCAGAACCUAAAGCACAAGCAGUCCUCGUACCAGCACCAGCAGUGACAAAAGGAGGAGAGGAAAAAAGAGAGGAUUUGCAGCCAAUUACACCCAAACCUGCAGAGUCCUUCGGUUCCUUGACCAGCAGAGCAGCAAAGCUUAGUGACCAAAAGCUCUCCAGGCCUCUGAAAGGUGCUGAGGAGUCUAUGCAAGAGAAGCCACAAACUGCCACCAGUCUGAAGCCAGCAGAAGAGAGGCAGCUUGCUGCAUCUACGGAACCAGCAGUAAAGGAGGCUACAAGUACCUCCGCUUUGACCCCAAGAAAACCAAAGAGCCCUGGAGCAAGUGAAACAGGAACAGGUGUGGCAAGUGAAGUGACCGCCCAGGAGACGCCUGAAAAGGAGCCCCCUGCCACUGAGCAAAUGGAGGUCAAUGUUGAGAGCCUCAAGAGGAAGCCAGAGAGUCCGGAAGAAGCUCCCAUCAGUCCUGAGAAGAAGCCACGUAUCGUAGAGAACUGUCAGGCCCAGCAUCCAUUUCGGAUCCGCAUGCAGCCCUUUCCUGCGACGGGGGAGAGGUCGCAGGAGCAAAGGGUUCCCCCACUCAGGAUUCCUGUUUCCAGAAUCUCCCCCAUGCCAUUUCCUGCGGGCCAGGUCUCUCCCAGGGCCUGCUUCUCAACCAGUCUCACGAGUCCCAGAAGAACGGGGGCCAGAACUCUGGCGGACAUCAAAGCAAAAGCCCAGCAGGCUAAGGCCCAGAGGGCAGCUGCUGUUGCUGCAGCAGCAGCCGCCGCCGCCGCCGCCGCCGCCUCUGCUGGGGGAGCUGUCCCAGGGCCUGGCCCAGGAGGCGGCGGUGGGCCUGGGGGCGGAGGAGACGAGAAGAGUAGCACAGCAACAAGUAGAGCCAUUGAAACUGGAAUUCGGGGACAUGCACUGGAACUGUCAGGAACUGGAAGCGGGGGAGGUCCGAGAAGGCCUCUUCCCCAUGGUCCAGGGAUCCAGUCCCAGGUGGAGACACAGGCCAUGGACCAGACGUCACCUCACAGUGUGUCUAGAGCACAACUACAGCAAACUCCCUCAGUACAGUCCAGAACUGCAGCCAGCAAUAAAGGCACAGACUCCGCAUCACCAGCCGUACCAGCGUUAGAGAAAACGAGCAGAGUAAUAUCGAGCCCCGCAAAUGUGACUGUAAGUCAGGUUCCAAGAGGACUCCCUGGCUCCCGCCACUCGUGUACUGUUGGCGCCGACAGACAAGAGAAAGCACCUUCAGCUCCAGCAGGUCCAAGUCUGGCCUCGGGGGCAGCAGCGGCCAGGGAGGGAACAGUCCUUGUCACGGUUCCCACAGCAGGUGCUGACAAAAGUAUAGACAAGGCAGCACCUACUGCUGCAGGAGGGACCAGCCUAAAUGUUCCCAAGAGUGAAUCUCCUUCCACUCUGACGUCUUCUCUGAUGUCUGUAACCUCAGAAACUCAGGCUGGUGCUGUGGUAGCAUCUGCUCCAUCUACUCCAUCCUCUAGCACUUUGUCAGUAGCCCCUAGCCUUAAAGCUUAUGCAGCUCCCUUGAGUACAAGUGGGGGCCUCCCGAAGACAGGCUCCAGUAUUCCUGCUAACAAUCCCUUGGUCACCCAGCUCCUCCAAGGUAAAGAUGUUCCCAUGGAGCAAAUCCUGCCUAAGCCUCUCACCAAAGCACAAAUGAAAACUAUCCCUUUGGCUCCAAGCGACAAAGGGCCAGCUUUGUCCGGCAGUACUACAGGCACAGCUGGGAAUGGUUCUGGAGGGGAAAGCGGUGAGAAACCACCACAUUUAGCGGUGCACCACCUUGGGAAGAUCUUUUGCCAGGGCAGGCAGCUGUUCCACAUUCCAAGGACCAUCCAGCUCUUCUCAGGAAAGGACCUGAGGAACACUAGCAUUGACCAGCACCAGUGCCAGGAGGCACUUGACAAGGCAACCCAAGAGCAGAUCCUUCAGACUCUUAUCAAGAGGGUCCAGAGGCAGAAUUUGUUGUCAGUCCUGCAGCCGUCGCAGGUCGGCCUCACUCACUCAGGGUUUCAGGUAGACAACAGCUCCACCAGUCAGAGAUUCAUGCUGGGUUUCAUGGGCAGGAGAACGUCCAAACCCGCCAUGUCUGGCCAUUACCUGCUCAACAUUUCCACCUACGGUCGUGGUUCAGACAGCUGCAGGAGGGGACUGUCCAUGCACGCUGAGAACCGCUUGUGUCCGAACAGUCCUGCCGAUGGUGCAAAACCAGAGUUUGGAGAGCGUGAAGCUGGCAGCAGCGAUGAAGGCGAUGCAGAUGAUGAGAGCACUGGCGACGAACACGAACGUAUCACUGUAAAAGAGGAACCCCUGGCUUCCCAGGUUCCCGGCCCGUGUGGCAGAGAGCAGGUAUCACAUAGUGUAAAGGCUCCUUCAGAUUACAGGGAGCCCAUUAGAAAGAAUGUCAAGAUGGAGGUUGUCGUGCCUCCGCAAGCAGCCGCCAGCAAGGAGAGCGUUCACCUGUUCCCAGGAAACCAGGCGUUGAAAAACACCGCAUUAGCAAGAGAUUUGAUCCAGGUAGCCCAGGAGCAAGUGACACAGGCCAUGAGGGGGAAAAUGCACGGCGGUCCAGAGCUUUACAGCACUUCCAGGCCAUCUGCAGAGGCUGCCCGGCCGCCUCAUUCGCACCCUUCUAAGCCACGUGGCAACGCUACAGCCCAGCUCAUCGGGCCGAGUUACAGCGGUACAAUAAACGUCUCCACCGCUCCAGAUGUGAACCAAGGGUCUCUCAUGACUGGGCUGUCCGAAUGCAAUCAGCUGUCCAGUAGCAUGGGGAAUGUCAUGUCUUUCUCUGUGACUGUAACCACCAUCCCCUCCAGCCAGGCUGUGAACUCUGGCAGCCACAAUCAGUCCAUCCCAGUUCAGGCCUUUGGCGAAGACAGCAGCAUGGAAGAUACGCCUUCUAAAUGUUACUGCAGGUUGAAAGCCAUGAUCAUGUGCAAGGGCUGCGGUGCCUUCUGCCAUGAUGACUGCAUUGGCCCCUCCAAGCUCUGUGUCUCCUGCCUCGUUGUUCGGUAACGAAGACGCACGACGUUGGGAGGAGGAUGCUCCGGUUUGUCCCUCCUCUUGGAAAACAUCAGGAAGAAAUGGGAGUUUUACUGCCUUGCACAAGAGACACGUUACUGAAUCAGGAAUACGGAGUAGCGUUCUUCUUUCAUUAAAGAAAGAGCACCUUGUGGACAGUGAGUCUAAAUGGAGCUCAACUAUGUGAAUUGUGACAAGAGUUUGCACUUAAGGAAUUAUGUAAAUAUGUCACAUUAUUUUGUUUAAAAAUUAUUUUUUCAACCUUUUAGGAGACGAUGUUUGACUUGUACUACAGAUUCAUUAACCUUAGACAUCAUCCCACACGUCAGCAGAGCUCUGCUCUAGAUAGAAGAGCAAAUUCCCAGCCAAACUUCAACCCCCGUGAUCUUUCUUUAGCAAAAGAGAGGGACAGGAAAGAUUCAAAGAGUUGGGAGGUCAAGAGAACUAAACCUGAAUGCUGCCUGGCCACGCAGCAUUGAGGUGCGGAGCAGCAGGUCAGGGAUGGCUCCCCUUUGUCACGCUAAUUUUAGGUUUUUGGUUGCCCAGCAGUGGCACCUGACAGCAGUUUCUGGAAGCCAUAUUGGGUUGUGCAAUACUGGCUGGUUGUGUUGGUUUGCAUCGCCUCCCCUCUUCAAAUAGCCAGCUGUAGUCAUGUCUGUAGGCAGGCCAGACCUUGAGUCUCAAAUUGCAGAAUAUUGGAAAGGCAACUAUACGAGCCAUAAACUCCCAAGAAUUCAAGUCAUUAAAAGUCGUUAGUGACUAUCAGCAGUUCUUGGGAUCAUUUAACCGUGAGAGGCCUCUCGUAUGAAUUGAACUUCAUUUCACUUUGGGUCCCAUAACCCAGCCAAAACCUGCUCUUUGUCAUUUCAGUGUAAGCAGGAAAGUACCACCUCCACACGUACUGACCAUCGAGCACCGCACCACAUAAAACAAGUGUACUGAAUGACCAUCUGUCAUCCUCUUUGCCCAGGAGCUUGCCGUGGGUGCCGCAGACUCCACAACAGGCAGAGUUUUCUCAUUUAUGCUGAGGAUUAUCUGUCUUGGUAGCAAUAAGGCAUGGAAACAGGCUGUGUCCCUAUCAUUAAUCCCCAGUGGACAAGUUUUUCCAAGUUUAAAAGGGUCAACUCCUUUGGCCUAAUUCCCAGGCCCUACUCUAGGCAGACUGAGUAUUUGACUAGCAGGAGUGGCAAGCCAGGAACGAGGGGCAUUGGCCAGAGAUAGGCAGGGGUCCCAGGACUUGGCUAGCAGGGAAUUGCUGCCUUGAACAGCGUGUAAUGGGAGCGGAGCGUGCGAGAGAACUCAGCGACACCCUCCCGAGCGGUAGGGCAUAGCUUGUGAUUAACUCCUCACUUUCAAGAGUGUUCCUGUUCAUAAAGUUGUCCCCAUGUGUUCAUCACAAACCGGUGUAGUUGCCCCAUCUUUUCUGCAAUAGCAAUUUGACAGACUGGCUAAUACAGUAUUGAACGCCCUCCCCUUCCCACUGUCAGAGCUGUUCCAGCCACAUUUCACUGUAGCAUAGCACUAGAUCAUCCCUGCUGAGUAUAGGGAUCUGUACGUGAAGUCCUUUUUCUGGCAAAAUCACCAAGCUCAAAAAUCACACCCAGUUCCACACUGUCGCUGUCUGAGAUACAAACGUUUUGAUCAGGUAGAAAUCCAUGCAUCUUUUUGAUGAAAGAGCACUGAAUUCACUUUUAAUCCAAAGGCCUUUUUACGAUGAAGCAAUAUUACCAGGGUAGGUGUGCCGCAUUGUUUUUAGACCCCCCGCCCCCAUUAGCAAGUCCCCUCAGCAUCUUGAGCUUUGUUCGACUGUUCUCCUCCUCCCUCUCCUCACAUGAGACGAGAACACGGGGUGCCGUUGUCGGAGAUGAGAGGUGUAGACCACAGCACACAAUACAACCCCCAGAGGAGUGGGUGGCAAUUUAUUUCUUGACGAGAGGAGAGUCGUAUGCUUAUUCUCUCUCUAUACGGAAAAUAUCUCCGUGCCCGCCUGUCUGUGCACCACCCUUCUGCCCGGGUUGACUGGGAGUGAAAUGUCAGUACGUUAUAUUUUUAUCCCGGUUCCACUCAUCCUAAUUUGCUGGGGGGAAAUAUCCCCUUUCUCUAAAUUUAUGUAAGUGCUUAGAUACCAUAGUGACGAGGAGUGUGAGCGUGCUCUAAAUAAGGAAACUUGGUUUUAAUCUGUUACUGUAUAAUUUAGAAACCACACCAACAAAAAAUAGCGCCCAUUUUUGGUGACACAUCUACGAUGCACUAGCACCUGUGGUUAACCUGCCAACGCUGUCCUCAGAGCCACGUGCACUACAGCUGCCCUUGCACUCGUGCAUGUGCAAAGAAGCAACCUAGCAAGAGAACCGGUGUGAGAACACGUCUGACCCGCUGCCGGGGGGAGUCGGUUGUUUGUGCUUAUUGCACACGAGCAAGUGCCCGUCAGGGCAGGAUCGCCUCUGCCGCCAGGUGCAGUUCUGUAGGGCCCUUCUACCUGCCGUGGUAUCGGCACGGGAGCAGGCGGCCAAAGCGGGCAGCGCUUCUUUGAAAUAGCGAGAGCAGGAUCUUUCCGUUUCAGUUCUCUUUAUCUCAGGCUUUGUCUAGACAGGAAAGAUAUGCUGUCGUACUGUAAUUCCCCGUGUAGACGCUUAUUCCAGGAUAAAAGUGUUUCUUUCUUUAUUUAAAGAUCUUCCUUGGUAGCAUAAGUCAAACCAAAACAAGCGCACCAGCACAGGUGGGGAGGGACGAUACGGGCAUAACUAGGUCGGCUAGGUUCUCGCUCCCGCUUGCACGUGUGCGUUGACAAACCCCUGUAGGAAGGGCGCAGAAACGACGAUGAGGGGGAAUGCGUUCUGGUCUGCAGGCUCGUUGGGUUUCUUGAGCCUAGGAAGGCUCCUACGUCAUUCAUUUCAUCAGGAUAUUUUAAAGCAGGCUCGGAGGCCCUCGCCUCGCUUCCAGCUCUUCAUAAAACGUCAGGUGUCCGUCUGGUGUCCCGGGAUCUGUACACGUAUUUCUGUGCGCGAGGCUGCUUCUAACCACGGGAAGCUGCUGUUUUGUGAGACGGGCUGCGGGGACUCGGCAGGAAGGGAACGAGGCCUAGGAUGAACCCAGCCCGGCUUUGUGAUGACCACUGAGAGUGCAGUAGGACUCCUCAGUCCUCCUCACAGCUGCUGUGUAAGCACAUUAGACAACGAGCUAGAAGUUUACCGCUCAGUACAGUGCCUUAGCUGUCUUUGGAUGGGGCAGCAGUUUGGCAGUCGCUGUCUUAUUAUUCUGCCCCUUUCCAAGGCAGCGAAUCCUUUGGACUGCAAGACUGGAGUAUUCCCACGAUGAAAGGUAGGGCUUGGUGAAAUUAUGCCCUGCGCGUACCAGCGGGCAUUCAGCUAGUACCCCUUAGAAAUGACGGGCUUGGAUUAAUAAUUGCUUAAUUGAAGAACAAGUCUGCCCAACACCUUGGAAGCGCUGCAUGUUUCACAUUGAAUGACAAAUGUUUCAGGAUGGAAAUGUGAGGCCAGUGGAAACGGGCUGUGUGUUGUGCUGGUCGGCAGCCCUGAUGCUGGGCCAGCCCCUUCCGGCCCCGAGUUCUCCCUAAUAUCUGAUGCGUGAUGUUCCCUCCAGCCAGAUAACAAACUUGCUUUCAUGCCGGCUACUUCGUCAUUCGAGUGACAUUGUCAGGGAGUUUAGACGUAACGUUUCAGGCUUUGGCACCAGGUAUUACAGUAAUAGCACUUUAUGAGAAAUGCCACUUCACGGAUUGAAGCUCAAAACGAAACGCGCAGAGCCUAAUGUCAGAGCAUUGUUUGUGACACAAAACAGCUGAUUGGAAGGAGAUUAUUCAGAUUCAGACCGUUCCCUGCUGGGACUGCAGUCCAAAUGGAGAGCGAUCGGUCUGGCUCCACUGCUCAGUGUAAAUAGUUUCUAUAAAAAUUGCACAGGUGGAGAAGAGAGUGGAAAUUUAGAAAUGAUUUUGGAAUUAAGAUUCUGAGAUAAGUGUUAGUUGCACAUGGAAGGAAACUUGUUUUUAAGUUGAUUGUCUCCCUUGACGUGGAAAAGGGAAGGACCAGUUCUGUACACAGUUAAUUAACCCUGUUGGCAGAGUUUUUCAGUGGUCAAUAAGGAAGCAAAUUCCUGGAAGUUACUGCUUGGACAGGUCAGCAUCUGCCAGGAAACGUCCUUACUGACGACCCUUCCUGCUUAAUCACGUCCAUUUAAAUGGUUUGAAAGGCACUUAAAAGCCUUGCAGGGCCUAGUCUUUCUGAGGCCCGAUGGUGCCGUGGGAGCAGGGAUGUGUGCGUAAGAAUUGGCCACUGAAUUACAACUGGAGCCUGGUUGCUGUGUCCGGUGGAGGAGGCUUCCUGCUUGCGUUCGGAGUCGUUCAGCUCAGUUUUUCAAAAGUCUCUUUUGGGACCUGAUUUUGCUGCGAAGCUGCAACUCCAGCUGAACUCAGCGGCGCAAAAUGUGGUCAGUGCUUCUGAAAAUCUGGCCAAAAUGGUGUCAGGCUGAGCGCCCGUGAUUGAAGGCCGGUUCUGAAAGUGUGGUUGUUACGGUGGAGAUCAGAGGGUAAAUGCAUGUUAGCCAGUGCCACCUGCUAGCCUUGUUCCUAAUUGCAACGGGCAAAGGAGGCCUUUCCGUUCCCGGGCCGUUUAUGGCCCGUGGCAUCUCUCAGCCCUGAAAACCACGUCACGGCUCUCGUGUGCGGGGGAUAGCGCCGCGGCAGGGAGUCUCCUCUUAGCACUGACCGUGAGUCCUGUUGCCACUGGGAAGUCAGAGGGAGAAAGGAUCAGAUAUUUGCUAAAACGACGAUAACCAGUUUUCUUUCUUCCUUAUUUUUUUUUAAUGCUAUACAUUUGAUAUAACUGAAGAUCAAUUUUAAAAGCUUACAGUAAUAUAUUUUAAGUAAUAUAUAUUUUAUCUGUGUAAAAAAAUGCUAGAGGAAGAUUUGUGAAUGACCUAUACAGGGUAUUGUGUGUGCGCAGUUUCUCGACGCAGCCGAGAAGGAUUUUACUGGCAGAAGAACUGAAAGCACUCAUUUUUAACAUGAAUGCAAUAAAAAUGGGGAUUCUUAAAAAGGAAAUCCAGUAUUGUUUACCGUCUGCUCUUUAAGUUUUGUUGCAGCCAUGGGCUUGUAAACAUGAUUUAGAAGAUGCUGAACUCUUGUCUGUCUUUUGCCUUUUUCAGAAGGGACUUAAUUGGAAUAGAGGGUAUGUACAGAAAAAUCAAGUUGACACCAUUUUAAAAAAGUCAUAUUUUUUCACAAAUAAUAUAGAAAAAUCAUAUUUUACAUAAGAAUUUUAAGUAUUUGAAAUAAAUGUGUGUAUAUAUAUACUGUAUGUACUUCAUAUAUUCUUUUAUUUUCUAUUUUAAGUGUAUGGAAAUAUUUGAGCUGGUUGGAUUUCAGGUCCCACCAAUGAAAUAAUGUAAAAAAAGAAGAAAGAGGGAGAGAUGAACACUGCCUCUUGACGUGGCAGCUGUUGAAGCUGUAGCAGGUCCCGGGGCAGUGGGAAAACUUGAAGCCCAGCAGAGAGUGACUUGGACUAGUUCAGCUGUUUGAGACGUAGAGUACAGAGCGCUGUCCCAGUCCCGUCCAGCUCGCGCCCCGCGGUCUUCUCUUCUGUUUGGCCUUACAACCCCCGAACGCUCACGGUAAGACUAGACAAGUUGAGGUGGAACUUUUAUACAUUCGCUGCUGACUUUUUAGCCAAAGAGACACACUGGUACAGAAGCUAUUCAGCCAAAAACAGAAUCAAAAGCGACUCGGUUUUCCCGCCAUUGAAAUGGUAGUAAAUGUAGGCACGGGUCUGGCGGUGCUGGUAAGGAGCGCGGGCUCAGGGACUGCAAGGCCAGGUUCUCGAAGGAGGUUGCUGGGUAGGAAGAUGGGCUGCCGAGCACUGCCGUCAGUCUCGGGUGGAGCUGAACUGAGUUCUCCGCAACUGUUUUGAGUAGGAUCGCUUAAGAGCCGCGUUCUCCCCCCGUAAGGGGAAAGCCCCGGUCAGUCUGGUUGGGUCCCGUGCAGCAUUCCCUAUGGGGGAAACAAACCCUAUAGGGAUCUCAUUUCCCAUGUGAUACACUGGAUGCAGCGAUUGGCAAAGGUGGAAUAUGGAGUGCUUCCGCUCCGCAUUGCUGCUUCCUGCCAGUUCCAAGAGAACAUGAGCUAUAAAUUAUAUGAAGAAUAUGGCAUUGAGAGGAGAGAAGAGAAUGGCUGCAGACUACAGGAGCGAUUAGCUGUGUCGGGCCAGUGCUGUUCACUGAAUAAAGGGGUCCAAACGUGUGAGGUGUCCGGCACUGGCAGGCCCCCGGUGUGUCCGCUGCGGCUGAGGUUGCCGAGCUCCUCGCAGGAGCGGGCCUGAGUGCAUGGUGCGUGUGUUGCAGUCGAUUUGGACUGUGAUUUCGCAUCCCUUCCCCAGCACCUAGUAAUUGUUAUCACACAGCUGUGUGGCUCGUUACACACCCAGUAAAGAUCUUCAGCGGUUAUUCAGAGUUUCAUGACUGCAGCCAUGCAGCAAUGCCUUGCAUCUAGGUUGCAACCCCCAGGCACUGGCCUCAAUCGCGAGCCACGCGGCGACGCGUGCAGGACCUACAGGCGAAGCAGCCUGUCCGCCAGGAGAGGCUCCCUAGGGGCAGUGGAAGAGGCCUGUGUCCGUCCCUAGUUUGGGGCCGUAUGGAGCAGAGGAGGAGAGCUGGAGCGUGUCCCCCCGGCUGCGCUGCACUGCCGGACCGAGCGGCAGUGUCACGCUGGCCCCUGCCCAAGCGCAGCCCAGGGGCAUCCCCACGGGGAAGCCCUAGCCUGAACGGCCUAACAACAUCUCCGAGAAGUGUUUGCUGUAACUCCUGGCCUUGCAGUUUGGGGGGGAGAAACUGAAUGCAAGUUCUAGGCUCGCACACUAGUCGAGAGGACAAAAAACACCAAUUCACAUUUUUACAUAGUUUUGUUGUUAUCAGGAUUAUAUUUUAACACCUCAAAUUAUGCCAGGUCCUCAUUUACAUUCACAUAGCGGGAUCCUCUUCUAGUCAAGUGAUUUUUUAUUUAUUUUAUUUUUUUUUGCCCUUUAACUUCCCUUUAAACAGAUAUUUCUCUCUUAGACUUGCAAUCUGCACACUCAGUGGGGCUUUCACUCUAAACAGUUGCACUAGGAAAAGGUUACACUGUUUGGGUGUAUGUAUGUAUAUAUAACUAGCGUGUAUAUGUGUGUAUAUAUACAAAUAUAUUUUACCUAAAUGUACAUAAUAAGACUGUAAAUCCGUCUUAGUUUUCUGGUGACAAUACACACCUUGAGAACAAAGCGAGGGUUGCCAUAGGCCUGAGACGGGAUUACGGCUUUUAUAUUUAAUAUUUAAAAUAUAUGCAUUAGAAAAAAUACAGCGUGUAUGUGUUUUGAUCUGCUGCACUUUUUAAAAACAUUCCUGGUCCCCUGGUACUGCUGCAGCUCCCACCCCAAUUGCCCAGUUUAAGACCCAAAAGCCAACAGUUUCUGUGUAUUUUUUUCCAAUUGCACUUCUCAGAGGCUGCACGUAGCCCUGCUGGAAAAGCUGUGCCCAGCGCGUAACAUUCCUGGCUUCGGUCUUCUAAAUAAGAACUAGCCCAGGUCCAGCCCUGAGGAAUGCGAGCUGGCAAUUUGAUUUUAAAAGGGUCCCUUUGCAAAUUAAGUCAGGUAAUGAAAGUUAAAAAAUAAAUAUAACCAUUUCCUUCUGUUAUCCAAUGCUGAGAGGUCUGUACAGAACAAUAAAGUGGCUGAAGCACACUGUCAUCCUUUAUAAGGAAACUGCACAACUUCAAAGCAUUUAAAAAUGCCUGGGUCAACGCGACGAAGUAGCAAUCCCAGCAGGGAGAACGCAGCCCGUAGUAUUGCAGCUUGGCAGAGCUCGUUCUGAGAGAGAAAGUCUCGCAGGGUCUGCGGUAUAAGCUUCCACCUUAGCUUCUCACCAGCAUUAAGAGGGAGGGACGCUGAGCAGCGCCCAGGCAGCCCACUCCUGUCCCGCCACCGUUGGAAGUAGCACUUUGAAAACCGAACGCCCGUCUCGUGGUGAUGUCUUACUGCAGGUUCUGCGCCUCUUCCCCUCGCUCCAUAUUUUUGUCAUGUAAAGCUACCUGCUUCAUAAAUGAAUGUAAAAUACAGUAGUUCUUCAGCACAAAUGAGUAUUUUAUCUUAAUGUUUCAUUUUAUGUUUAAUAAAAGCAUAUGAUUUUAUGA